GCGCGUUAGCGCUGCGCGUCGGACACUUCCACAACUAAAACAAGAAGCGCUACUAGGCGUGCUCAAAGUACGCCAACUCAACCUUAUUCAAUAAGAAUGCUUUUGUAAAAGUCAAACUAACGCCAAUAAUGCGAGCGGCUUUACUAAACAGACAGCAGUUUUAAGAGUAUAUUUUGCGAGGUACGUAACUCGACAUUUGUUGCAUCUUUAUUAGCAGCAGAGCCUGCUCAGUUAGCGUUGGCUCAGUUAGCCUGCUAAGCUAAAGCCCUAUAAACUGAGGUGCUAACGGUGACAGCUGGAACAUUUUUUGAUGGCUACUACUGAGAUGGAAUCUGGUUCUUCAGAAAGCAGAUCAGACCAAGUGACGUUUGAGCCUGAUUCAAAAUACCCAUUUAAAGUUCUUUACUGUGGAGUGUGCUCUCUGCCUACUGAGUACUGUGAGUACAUGCCUGAGCCAGCCAAAUGUAGGCAAUGGCUUGAGAAGAACUUUCCAGAUGUAUUUGCCAGGAUGACUGUAGGUGGCCCGGCAGCGAAUGCACCCAAGCAGGAACCCGGCAUUGGAGAUGCUCCCCCUGCAGGCGAGGAGGAGGAGAAAAAGAAACAGAAGAGAGGUGGGAGAGGCCAGAUCAAACAGAAAAAGAAGACUGUGCCUCAGAAAGUUUCGAUAGCAAAAAUCCCAAGAGCCAAGAAAAAAUACGUCACACGUGUGUGUGGCCUGGCAACAUUUGACAUUGACCUUAAAGAGGCUCAGCGAUUCUUUGCCCAGAAAUUCUCUUGUGGUGCCUCAGUUACAGCAGAGGAUGAAAUAAUAAUUCAGGGAGAUUUUACAGAUGACAUAAUCGACGUCAUACAAGAGAAGUGGCCUGAGGUGGAUGAUGACAGCAUUGAUGAUCUGGGUGAAGUGAAGAAGUGAAGACCAAAUAUGCACUUUUACUGAAAUGGAUGUGACCUAUAACAACGACAACCUGGCCAAAUGUACACAUUAAGUCAUUUUAUACCUAUUUUAUUUACUGUUCAUAACAAAGCUGCGGACUUGGCCACUCACUUGGCAUUUUUUUAGUUAAUAGCUGCUUUCUCUCGUUUGCCAAAGGUGUGGUAUGACGUGAAUCCCUCCCAAAAUGUUCUUCACUCAAGCAAACUGUAGGCUAAUAAAUUUCAGUCUCCAUCGCCUGUA